UCAGACCAUACAGUAAUUUGAACAAUAGGAAAUAGGUUGAAGGCCAGGAAUUUAGAAUCCGUUUCGGCAAGCUCAUAUUAUUGUGGCUACGAAUUUUAUAAUUGAUAUCACAAAGAUGUCUUCUAAAAGACACAUUCAGUCAGGAAUAGUAAGGGAUAUAAUCGUAGGAUUACUUGUGAUGGCUGCUUACUUCUACGUAGGCUGGAAUUAUUUUCCAAUCCAAGCAGAUGGUUUAGAGUCCGCCUGGGAUCGUCUCAUUUACACUGCCCGCUGGCAGAUAUUGGAGGUACUUCUUUUGAUCGUGAUGGUUAUGGCGGUAGCCAACACUCGUCUGUUAUAUGUUGACAAGAUCGGAGAUCCAACAAAACCAAUUCCAGGAUCACACAUUAUUACCGUGCACUGUCGAGUUCUCCAGAAUACUCUAGAGCAAAUUGUUAUACGUGUGCCAUCCGAACUGAUUCUCUGCACGUACCUGGAACCCGGCUCUAUGAAGAUCCUUCCGCUGCUGGUGAUCCUGUUUGUAUUGGCGAGGCUUAUUUUCUGGUUCGGAUACAUCCGUGACCCGUAUCAAAGAGCUCUAGGGUUCGCGAUGACGUAUAUGCCAACAGUGUUAAUCACGAUUUACUGUGUAUUUUGCCUCUUCAACAGUGGGGCGACGUUCAGUUUGUCGUAACCAUGGAGAGUGACUAAACGACGGAUCACGACAAGAAGGAAUUAUCCGAUAUUUUAGUAUAAAAUAACUCACACAGACAAUACGAGCCCAUUGGGGAUUUUCUAUUUUAUAGGAACUUUCCUGUCAGUUUAACAAAAGUAAACUUUGGGGCAUGUAAGCCCUUAUCAGUGUGCAAAUAUACCAAAUCUUCUUAGAAAUAAACAGCCGAUAGAUCUGUUCUUAGAUGUAUUAUUUUAUGAUUAAAGUCGACGAAAGAAACAA